GGCGGUGCUGGCGGCGGCGGCCGGAGGAGGAGGAGGAGGAGGAAGAUGGUGGCCGCGGGAGGAGCGGCCGGCUGCCGGGCUUUCCGCCCUGCGCUGCGCGGCCGCCCCCACCGGAGCCGCCCUGCCUGCUGAGGAGGCGGCGCGGACCCGCUCCAGCUGUGAUAGACAAAAUGUCAGUAGAAUAAGUGACCUACCCUACAGAACUUGCCAUGAACCAUUUGGUUGGACCACCUGAGGGGGAGAUCAGUGAAGAGCCAGCGAAUGGAGCAGUGAAUGAGUCAGUGGAGGCUGAUUUGGAGCACUCAGAAGUGGAAGAGGAGCAGAGGUAUGUGACUCACUACCCAAGGCACACAAACAGCAUCCAAGCGGGCCUGUCUGGGCAGGAGGAGGAAGGGAUGUUAGCUCGGUCAGCCAGCACGGAGAGUGGUUUCCACAAUCACACGGAUACUGCAGAAGGGGAUGUGAUAGCCACAGUGGAGGACAGUUACGACACAGAGAGGGUGCAGGAGAAUGAGGAUGAGAGCGCGUAUGCGGUGCAGUACAGGCCGGAGUCUGAGGAGUACACGGAGAACGCUGAGGCUGAGCAUGGCGAGGCCAUUCAUAACCGAACAUUGCCCAAUCACUUACACUUCCAUUCCAUUGAGCACGAGGAAGCCAUGAAUGCGGCCUACUCAGGUUAUGUCUACACACAUCGUCUCUUCCACCGAGGAGAGGAUGAGCAGUAUGCUGAGGCUUACGCUGACUAUGGACUGCAGGAGCAUGUAUAUGAGGAAAUAGGAGAUACACCAGACCUUGAUGUUAGGGAGGGGAUCCAACAGUAUGAGCGGGAAAGGGAGGAAGCCGACAAUUACCGUAAGGAGGCACUUGGUGCCCGCCUUCACCACUACGAUGAGCGGUCGGAUGGAGAGUCUGACAGCCCUGAAAAGGAAGCAGAAUUCGCACCCUACCCAAGAAUGGAUAGCUAUGAACAGGAGGAGGACAUUGAUCAGAUUGUAGCAGAGGUGAAGCAGAGCAUGAGCUCCCAGAGCUUAGACAAGGCAGCUGAAGACAUGCCAGAGUCAGAGCAGAGUUUGGAGCAUGGUCAGGCUCUUGUCAGUGGUGGGCAUGAAAGUAAUGGCCAGCUCACAUCUGGUUCUCGAGUUACAUCCAGCUCAGGAGAAUCUGUACAGAGGUACAGCAAGGAAAAGAGAGAUGCAAUUUCACUGGCCAUCAAGGAUAUUAAAGAGGCUAUUGAGGAAGUGAAGACAAGGACCAUCCGUUCUCCUUAUACCCCUGAUGAACCUAAGGAGCCUAUCUGGGUGAUGCGGCAGGACAUCAGUCCAUCCAGGGAUUCUGACGACCAGAGACCACUAGAUGGAGAUUCUCCGUCUCCAGAUUCCUCUUCACCUCGGGGUGCUGAAUCAUCAAGUAGGCAACAUCACCAGGAUGUCUGCAGUACAGCAGAGGCCUCCACUAAUAAAGAGUCCAGAAAAAGCUUGGCUUCAUUUCCGACAUAUGUUGAAGUUCCUGGACCUUGUGAUCCUGAAGACUUAAUCGAUGGAAUCAUUUUUGCUGCCAAUUACCUUGGUUCAACUCAACUGCUUUCUGAUAAAACUCCCUCCAAGAAUGUGAGAAUGAUGCAAGCUCAGGAAGCUGUCAGCAGAAUCAAGAUGGCCCAGAAAUUAGCCAAAAGCAGGAAGAAGGCUCCAGAAGGUGAAUCUCAACCCAUGACUGAAGUAGACCUCUUCAUUUCUACACAGAGAAUAAAAGUACUGAAUGCAGACACACAGGAAACCAUGAUGGAUCAUCCCCUGCGGACCAUUUCUUACAUUGCUGAUAUAGGAAAUAUAGUUGUUUUGAUGGCUCGCAGGCGAAUGCCACGGUCUAACUCCCAGGAUAAUGUGGAAGCAUCUCACCCUUCCCAAGACGGAAAGAGACAGUACAAAAUGAUUUGCCAUGUCUUUGAGUCUGAGGAUGCGCAGCUGAUUGCACAGUCCAUAGGUCAAGCAUUUAGUGUGGCCUACCAAGAAUUUCUGAGGGCAAAUGGAAUCAACCCAGAAGACCUUAGCCAGAAGGAAUAUAGCGACUUGCUCAAUACCCAGGAUAUGUACAAUGAUGACCUGAUUCACUUCUCGAAGUCUGAAAAUUGCAAAGAUGUUUACAUUGAAAAGCAAAAGGGAGAAAUCCUAGGUGUGGUGAUUGUGGAGUCUGGCUGGGGUUCCAUUUUGCCUACAGUUAUCAUAGCCAACAUGAUGCAUGGAGGACCGGCAGAGAAGUCUGGGAAGCUGAACAUAGGGGACCAGAUCAUGUCAAUCAAUGGGACCAGUUUAGUUGGUUUACCACUCUCAACAUGUCAGAGCAUCAUAAAGGGUUUGAAAAAUCAGGCCCGAGUUAAACUGAACAUCGUUAGAUGUCCUCCAGUAACCACAGUCUUGAUCAGAAGACCAGACCUCAGAUAUCAGUUGGGCUUCAGUGUGCAGAAUGGGAUUAUCUGUAGCCUUAUGAGAGGGGGUAUAGCAGAGCGAGGAGGUGUGCGUGUCGGCCAUCGGAUUAUUGAAAUCAAUGGGCAGAGUGUUGUAGCAACACCCCAUGAGAAAAUUGUUCACAUCCUCUCAAAUGCUGUUGGUGAGAUUCAUAUGAAGACUAUGCCAGCUGCCAUGUACAGACUGUUGACUGCGCAAGAGCAACCAGUUUACAUCUAAAGCCGACACCUCACCGUCACGAUGUGCAUGGAAGAUGUUUUUCCCCAUUAGUGCUUGUCUCUCUAGUGCUGCAUUUGUGUGUCUGCAGAGACAUUUCUUUCUCUCUCCCUCCUUCACAGACACAAAUACACUGUCACUCUCUCCUCUGUCCUUUUUUCCUCUUCUCCCCACCACUUUCCUGUAUUUUGGGAAGGGGCAAAAUACAUCUAUGGAACAAUUUUGGUUGCAUCUUUUUACAAGUGAAACUUCAUGUAGC